CAGUUCCCGGGACGCGGCCGGCCGGAGGCGUUAAGGCCGGCUUCAGUGGACGAUGCCGCUGUGCGCCCAGGAUGUCCUCGCGUUUGCUCCCAUUCCUCGUCACGAUCUCCAGCCUGAGCCUGGAAUUCAUUGCACACGGGACAGAGCUGCCAAGCCCUUCCCACGUGUGGUUUGAAGCCAGAUUUUUCCAGCACAUCCUCCGCUGGACGCCUAUCCCAAGCCAGUCUGAGAGCACCUACUACGAAGUGGCCCUGAAGCAGUACGGAAACUCGACCUGGAAUGACAUCCACAUCUGUAGAAAGGCUCAGGCGUUGUCCUGCGAUCUCACAACGUUCACCCUGGAUCUGUAUCGCCGAGGCUAUGGCUACCGGGCCAGAGUCCGGGCAGUGGACAGCAGUCAAUACUCCAACUGGACCACCACCAAGACUCGCUUCACAGUAGACGAAGUGAUUCUGACGGUGGAUAGCGUGACCCUGAAAGUAACCGAUGGCAUCAUCUACGGGACAAUUCAUCCCCCCAGGCCCUCGAUAACCCCUGCAGGGGAUGAGUACGAACAGGUCUUCAAGGAUCACCGCGCUUACAGGGUUUCCAUCCGGAAGUUCUCGGAACAGAAGAAUACAACCAAGACAGUGAAUCAGGAACGCUUCACCCUCACGGUCCCCAUAGGGGUGCGAAAGUUUUGUGUCAAGGUGCUGCCCCGCGUGGAGACCCGAAUCAACAAGGCAGAGUGGUCGGAGGAGCAGUGUUUACUUAUCAUGACGGAGCAGUCUUUCACUGUGACCAACCUCAGCAUCUUAGUCAUAUCUAUCCUGCUAUUCUGUGGAGUCCUGGUCUGUCUGGCUCUCCAGUGGUACAUCCGGCACCCGGGGAAGUUGCCUGCAGCCCUGGUCUUCAAGAAGCCUCAUGACUUCUUCCUGGCCGACCCUCUCUGCCCAGAAACUCCCGAUGCCAUUCACAUCCUGGACCUGGAGGCUUUCCCAAAGGUGUCACCAGAGCUGAGAGACUCAGACCUGCAUGGCAGCACCGACAGUGGCUUUGGCAGUGGCAAACCAUCACUUCAGACUGAAGAGUCCCAAUUCCUCCUCCCUGGCUCCCACCCCCAGAUACAGGGGACUCUGGGAAAAGAAGAGCCUCCAGAGCUACGGGCCACCUGUGGGGACAACACGGACAGUGGGAUCUGCCUUCAGGAGCCCAGCUUACACUCCAGCCUGGGGCCCUCCUGGAAGCAGCAGCUUGGAUAUACCCAUCAGGACCAGGAUGACAGUGAUGUUAACCUAGUUCAGAACUCUCCGGGGCAGCCUAAGUACACACUGGAUGCCUCUGCCUCGAGCCCUGUCUGUCUCUUAGAGCCUAAAGUCCCUGAGGAGAAAGACCAAAUCAUGGUGACAUUCCAGGGCUACCAGAAACAGACCAGAUGGCAGGAGGAGGCAGCAGACCCAGCAGAACGCUUGGACGAAGAGAUUCCCUUGACAGAUGCCUUUGAUCCUGAACUCGGGGUACACCUGCAGGAUGAUUUCGCUUGGCCUCCACCAGCUCUGGCCGCAGGUUAUUUGAAACAGGAGUCUCAAGGGAUGGCCUCUGCUCCACCAGGGACACCAAGUAGACAGUGGAAUCAACUGGCCGAAGAGUGGUCACUCCUGGAUGUGGUUAGCUGUGAAGACCUAAGCAUAGAAAGUUGGAGGUUUGCCCAUAAACUUGCCCCUCUGGACUGUGGGUCAGCCCCUGGUAGCCUCCUGGAUAGCCUUGGCUCUAACCUGGUCAGCCUGCCGUUGAUCUCCAGCCUGCAGGUAGAAGAAUGACAGGGGCUAAGGGUUCUUUGUAUUCCAGCUAUGCCUGAUCCCCUCCCCGCAACUGGGAGGCUCAGGAGUCAAAGAAAUACGUGGGUCCUUUUCUGCAGGCCCACUGUGGCCGGCUAGCCAGGCUCCACAGGGCAGGGAAAGGCCAUCUUGCGGCACAAGUGUCCGGUACGUGAGAGGUUGUGGCUAGUCUGCUGAGUGAGGCUCUGUAGACACCAGUAGAGCUGAGCAGAUACCUCCUCAUGCUUCAGGGCUGGGUCCUGCGCUGGAAGGACCUGUGUUUGCGUGGAACCUCAGGGCUUCCUGGAUGUGGUAAGACUACAGGUCUGAAGUCAGAUGAGCCUGGAUGUCUGCAGAGGUGUUGGAGUGGUUAGCCUGCUGCAGGGUAAAGGGAGGGCUCGAGAGAUAAAGGGCAGAGCAGGAGCCAGGUUUAAUUUUGUCCUGUAGAGAUGGUCCCCAGCUAGGAUGGGUUACUUGUCGCUGGGAGAUCUUGGGGUACACAUCGCCCUGAAUGAUCAGCCAGUCAAUUCAGAACUGUGGCAAAAGGGACUGAGACCCAGAAUUUCUGUUCCUCAUGUGAGGUGUCUCUGCUACCCGUCUGCAGACAGACAUCUUCAUCUUUUUACUAUGGCUGUGUCUCCUGAAUUACCAGCAGUGGCCAAGCCAUUGCUCCCUGCUGCUCACUGUUGUGACGUCAGACCAGACCUAAUGAUGGCUGGCUGUGUUGGUACACUACCCUUUAUGUGGCCUUUGGGCUUGAGCACUGGCCCAGGCUCAGGACUUAUGUCUGCUUUUGCUGCUAAUCUCUAACUGCAGACCCAGAGAACAGGGUGCUGGGCUGACACCUCUGUGUUCAGCUGUGUGACCUCGGACCAGCAGCUUCCUCAGGGGACUAAAAUAAUGAAGUCCCUCAUGCUGAAUGUUAACCAAGUUGCCCCUGGGGUGAUAGUUUGUAGGUCCUGCCAACCCCUGGGUUGGAAGGAAAUGGACUACGGAAACCAUCUGCCCCCUGGGGAGCUUCCGCCUCAUGCUAGUGUUUCAGAGAUCUUGUGGGAAACAAGGACCUUGUGCCUAGGGAGCUGCAAGUCACUGCGGUCCAGGGCUGGUCCCUGCCUCCCUAUACUGCGUUUGAGACCUGUCUUCAAACAGAGGCAGUUUGUAGCCCCCAAGCAAGGAUACCAAGAGAAGCAGCAGGGCUGCUGAUCCCUGAGCCCAGAGUUUCUCUGAAGCUUUCCAAAUAUAGACUAUGUGACCCGGUGAGGCCAGCCAUGAACUUUGGCAUCCUGCCAAGAAGGUCAUGACCCUGAUCUGGUACCAGACCUCCUUCUGGAACUGGGAGAGCUCUUUGAGACUCCCCCCUGGGAACCUUUAUUUAUUUAUUUGCUCACUUAUUUAUUGAGGAGGCAGCGUGGCACAGGCGCAGGGCUCUGGGUCUCUCAGGAGGUCUAGUUUUGCCUGCUCUGUUUCUAGCUGUGUGACCUUGGGCAAGUCACGUUUCCUCCUGGAGCCUCAGUUUUCCUGACUGUAUCUAAAGCUCGAAAAUUGAAAUGUACCCGAAGUGCUCCAUCCCCAGGAGUGUUGAGUCACACUGAGAAAGUGGGCACGGAUGUGCCUCAAGUGGAACGAGUGGUGUGUGUUUUCAUCCCAAUAAAAAAGUCAGGUGUCUUGUGGAA